GGAUCAACCACAAAACCCAGGGGUCUACAAAGGCCAAGAACUCAGGGUUUUGAAUACAAAGCAAUGUUCACAAUCCCCUUUUCUAACAACUCCUGUACAAGUCUCUCCAUCACAGCCUUCCCUAAUCCAAUCCCCUGAUACGAAGGAUCCACCACCAUGUCCCAGAUGAUGGCAUUGAAAACAUUGUCCCCUGUGGCUCUAGCAAAUGCAACUGGCUUCUGGGUUUUCUUGUGCUCCACCCAGAGGACCGAGUUCGCGUUCUCCAAUGCCAGUUUGAUCUUCUCCUAUUGCCAGUUUGAUACCCAUAUAGCAAUUUUUUGUUUUUGGUUGACGGGGGAAUUUUUUGAGGGUUCUCAUUUGAGGAAUUGUCAGGUUGAAUGGGGAUUGAGACAAGUAAGGCUAACAAGAAGGAAAAGAACUCUUAUGAAUUGGAGAAAGAAAAGAAUCCAAUUCUGGACCCGUAUCCAAAUCCAGAAACCAAUACGAAUACCAAAGGGAAGAAGAGCCGACGACGGCACCACAAGAAGGCGGUGGUGGUAUCGCCGAUUGAAAAACUGUAUGACACCUGCGAGGAAGUAUUUUCCGUUGGUGGCCCUGGAAUUUUUCCCCCUCCUGAUAAAAUCGAAAAGCUGAGGGCGGUUUUGGAUGACAUCAAACCAGAGGAUUUUGGUCUGAGUCCGGAGAGGCCAUAUUUUCGUGCACUUGCUGCUGGGAGAACCCCUAAAAUAAAAUACCUUCAUAUCCAUAUAUCUGACAAUUUCUCGAUGGGUAUCUUCUGCUUCCCGCCAUCAGGUGUGAUACCCCUUCAUAAUCAUCCUGGAAUGACUGUUUUUUGCAAGCUGCUAUUUGGGAAGAUGCACAUUAAAUCGUAUGACUGGGUGGUUGAUGGCCCUUGCAAUGUGUCUGCUGUGGCGAAUCCUUCUGAUGGUUAUCCGCUUGAGGCUUUAGGGGGAUCAUGUCCAUUCAAGUCGUAUAGCUUUUGUUGAAUUUGCCAUGGUGAGUUUGUGUUCACAGCACUUAAAUGAGUGUAAAUUCUGAGAGCUGCAUUGUUAUGGGAAUUUUGCUUGUGCUUAGUUUUCCUUGUGCUUAGUUUUCCUUGGAUUUUAAUAUGUCUUUCUUCAUUCAUCCAUUCUUGCGUCUGUUUAUCUGUUUGUUAUCAUAGCUACCUUAACAAUAUCAUUACCAUAACUUUUUACUGCAUCUUUAAUAGAUUUUGAAGUGUAACAUGAGUUACUCCUCUCUCCAUGUGUGUGUGUGUGUGUGCGCGCACGCACGCGCGCGCGUGUAUUGAAUAAUAGCUGCCGUGAUGUAACAGUAUUUGGCAUUCAUUAGUGCUAAUUUGAAUGAGCUUCCCUUAACAAUAUAUUCUAGCAUAUUAUCUUCUUUGUGGAGGGGGUACAGAGGUUUGGAAGGUUGCUUGACUAUUUUGAAAUCUAUUUUUAAAGUUUCAAAUUUUACCUUGUUGGAGAUCUAAGUAAAAUUCAAGUUUCAACAUUCUAUGCCUAGUUAGAUUUUACUUGGUAUAGAAUGUUGAAAAUUGAAUUUUCAUAUUUAAGUCCUUCAUAUUGAACUAAUGGAAAGGGAAUUGUCCUGCUUUCUAUUUGCUUAAGAGUAAUUUUGCAUUCACUUUUACUCAUCGAGGUGCUUUUCCUUGAUGCAAAUUAUGGCUUUAUCCUUGAUUUGACUAUGGGGCAUAAUUAAUGUUUGAAGAGAUAUUAUUAUGGGACCAGAAUAUUCAUGAAUAAAUAUGGAGUGGAAUGGUCCAGAUCUUCUUGCUAGCAUGGGUAUUUACCGAGAAAAUAUGGCCAGACAUGACUUGGUUCACUUUUGUGAUAUUGUAAUCUAUUUAUCGCCCAAUACUGAAGUUUGUAGGUUGGAGUCUAUAUUGGAUUUCUUAGGGUUUCAAUUGCA